UACUUUCGCUUUUCCAAAUUCCAAUUAGAAAAACGGAACUACCACUACUUCCGUGCUGUGUGUCUAAACAUUUAAAUAAAUAUUUCAUUCAAUACAUAAUAUGAAUAAAAUAAGUUGUUUUUCACAAUGCAAAAGCUUCAGCUAACAUUAGCGAUAGUAAAACCCCACGCCGUUAAGAAUCCUAUAGCAUUAUCAUACAUCCGACAAGCUGUAAAGAGCAAAUUCGUUGUUAUAAAAACUAAAAGAAUAUUGUUGGAUGAAGACACUGCAGCAAAGUUUUAUAGAGAGCAUGUAGGGAAGUUCUUUUACAACCGUCUAGUCACAUUUAUGGCCAGUGGCUGCAUAGAUUUGCAUAUCCUUGGACACAUGAGAGCAAUACAGAUGUGGAGAAAAAUGCUAGGUCCCACAAGUGUAUACAAAGCACAGUUCCAAGACCCGUACUGUCUCAGGGGGCUGUUUGGUAUUUCAGAUACAAGGAAUGUUGCACAUGGUUCAGAUUCCCCUCAAUCAGCAGAAAAGGAGAUCAAAUUCUUUUUCCCAGAUUUCUCCAUGUAUCAGUGGUAUAAUGAUGAUGAACCCUGCUACAGGAAAGGACCAAUAAUAUUCAACAGCCACUUGUUUCAACAUGUUAGAAGAUUAUAGUGAUAAAACAGUUAUCUUAUUGCAAUUGAAUAGAAUUUACACAAAAUUAUUAUAUUCACAUUAAGUUGACAUAACUUAAUAAUAAUAAUUCUUUAGUAGACAGAAUAUACAAUAAACAUUUUUUAUGUUAAUUCAACACCGCUUGACAGUUCCAGCUAUUGUUUAAUCGGACAUAUUCCAGCAAAUUUGCAACUAAAGUAGGUACUACUUUGUUUAGAAAGGAAAUUGAAAUAAAAAAAACAAUUAUUUUUGUGAUUUCUUAACUACUUUUUUGUGCUCAUAAUCUAUUGUGUCAUAAUUUAAAUAGUUGUUUGUUAUUUAUACCAAAUUGUUUAAUUAUAAAUGUUAUUUGUUAUGUUAAAA